AUGAGGACCACGAAGCGCGGUCGCCCAUUUCUCCGCGACACACUCGAUCUCUUCGCAGCAUUCGCCGUCUCUUUGCAGUUCAGUGAACAUCGACGCUUCUUUCGCUCCUUCCCGAACUCCUUCGAUGUCGACGAUGCUGCACAGACCCUCGCCAGCCUCACGUUAUCGCAGUCUCACUGCGACCCGGAUCCCAGCAGUUCCUCGCGGUUUAUCCCGAGCACGAGCAUGACAACGUUCUCCAUGACGCGCGACAUGGCGAAGGCGACGUGCCAGCACUUGAUGGAUGCACGUCUGAUCGAGGACGCCGCCGACCCGUCUUCGCACCUCUUCAAGGACCGCGGAGUAUACGUGUUAACACCGAAGGGCCUUCACGUCCUUGAGCGCUUCAUCGAGCGCAAUGGGAUCAGUGACGCUCAUUUGAGGCACGUAUUCGCUGGCCAGCCCAUUUGUACGAAGAUUUUCCACCUCGAGAGGCAUUCCAUCGACGACGAGAUACUUGUCACUCAACCCAUUAUCUACGCGCUCUUCCGUCGUUUCGUCGGCCGAGAGGCGAACCAUCCACCAGAGACGGGCGUGCAUGACCCGAGUGCACACUAUUCGGAACGCUCGAGGGGCAUCGAGCUGAUGACGGUACCUAUAUCCUCCGGAGGCCCGCCCGCUGCGCUCCAUCGGCAUUGCUUCAUGUCUCUUGCCGCUCUCGAGUGGCUUUGUGACUUUACCAGUGUACUUGGGAGGGAACAGGCGGCGGAGAUGGCCGCUCAGUUCGUUCGCUUCGGUCUUAUCACACUCGUUUCCGAUACGAGGAAGAAACACGACUCCGUUGUCGUCUUUACUGUUCACGGGUCUGUAUCACUGGGUUCCUCACUCGCGCAACAGACGGGCGAGUUCCAUUGCUCUGCCAAGGCAAUAUACAAGAUCACCGAAGAAGGCUGCCGUAUUGCGCACUGGAAAGAUAACGAGGACACGUCGCUCGAUAUGUUUGGCGCUUGUAUGCCGGAGUCGUUGCCCGAUAUCAGCGAUGAUGAUGUGCACCUGCUCGGGCGCUUGCGCUUCAUCCUCGAUCAACCGCAACUCCGGGAACUCUUCAACGUAUUCCUUCGCGACAACUCCUGCGAGGCGAACCUCGGCUUCUUCGUUGCUGUUGAGGACCUCAAGCAUGCGUAUGCGAAGAGCGCGAGCGUCGAUCAAUCGCCCGCGGAGCGCCAUCAGGAAGCGCUCGUUCAGCGGGCUUUUGAGAUAUAUAGGACGUAUCUUGCGCCGAGUUCACCCUCCGAGCUCGAAAUGGACGAAGACCUGCUCAAACGUCUCCCCGAAUACCUAUCUGGUGCUGAAGCCGCACUCACCAGUGGCACAGCUCCCCAAAGUAGUCUGCAGGCCGAUCAGCUUGAGAGCUUCAAUACGACUCAGGUCCUGAAGCUGAUCAUCAUCUAUGAGGGCAUGCAAGCCCAUGCUUUCCGCUCCAUGGCGACAGACUGGGUUCCGAAGUUCACACGCACUUCACAAUUCGCGGAGCUUUGCGAGAACAACGAGAAGCUUGGACUUUGGAGUACGGAUGAGUACGAUGAGUUCCAAUGCUCUUUCGCGGAGUCGAGCCCAUCGACUAACUCCGGGGCCAUACAAGACGAGGAGGUCGGCGGUGCAUAG